AUGGCACCCUUCGUGGAGGAGCCGGCCGAGGAAUCUCUGGCUGUGUCGUCCAAGGUAGCGCCCAGCCUUGUCGCACCUGAACCAGAGCACUGCCCAGGCCCCGAGUCCGAACAAGCCGGUCAAGGCGAUGCUUGCGCCGGCUGUCCAAACCAACAAAUCUGCGCGACCGCACCCAAAGGACCAGAUCCCGAUAUUCCAAUCAUCACCGAGCGCCUCUCCCAGAUUCGGCACAAGAUCCUAGUUCUCUCCGGUAAGGGAGGAGUAGGAAAGUCAACAUUCUCAACUCUGCUCUCGCACGGCUUCGCCUCAAACCCAGACUCAACGGUCGGCAUCAUGGACACCGAUAUCUGCGGACCCUCGAUCCCAAAAAUGAUGGGCGUGGAAUCAGAAACAAUUCACGUCAGCAAUGCGGGCUGGAGUCCAGUCUGGGUGACGGAUAACCUCGGCGCAAUGAGUGUGCAGUUCAUGCUACCCAACCGGGAUGACGCGGUCAUCUGGCGCGGACCCAAGAAGAACGGACUCAUCAAACAAUUCCUUAAGGAUGUGGACUGGGGCGAGCUCGACUACCUGAUUGUCGAUACCCCUCCUGGAACCUCCGACGAGCAUCUGUCAGUCAACUCUCUUCUGAAAGAAUCUGGCGUUGAUGGCGCCGUCGUCGUGACUACCCCGCAGGAGGUCUCGUUGCUAGACGUGCGCAAAGAAGUCGACUUUUGUCGCAAGGCUGGCAUCCGUGUCCUUGGGCUGGUCGAGAACAUGUCCGGAUUUGUUUGCCCCAACUGCACACAUGAGUCUCAGAUCUUCCGUGCGACGACUGGUGGAGGUCGCCGGCUGGCGAAGAAAAUGGAUAUCCCUUUCCUAGGUGCUGUUCCUCUGGACCCCCGGGUCGGCAUGGCGUGCGAUUUUGGUGAGAGCUUUGUCGACAACUUCCCGGACAGUCCGGCGUCCAAGGCCAUCAAGCGUGUCGUACGCGCGGUAGGCAAGGCUAUCGGCGAGAACCCGGAUGAUGUCCUUCCAGAGGAUAUGAUUGAAUGA